CGAGGGGUUAUGAGACCACCCUCUGUUCUUAAUGUCACAGAAGGAAGGAAGACCUCUGUCGUAUGAAUGUGCAUAAUUGAUAACAGUGAUGUGCAGGGCAGAAGAUAUUGUGUCUGUGCACUGAAACAUUUACACAGAAGACCCAGAAGACCACCUGUCAUUGUGUGCCUCACUGAGCCACCAUAAUCCGCAGAGGUAAGUUAGUGAGAGAUAGCCAGCCGGCAGCACCCCAAUAUCUUCUGUGAACUCGAUGGGAACAAGUGUUUUGGGCAGCGAGUGCUCUGUGAGAAUUUUCCGAAAAGACGCAUCUAUUGAAACUAUGUAUUGCACUCGAUACUUGCUACAACGUCCUUGUGUGCCAAUGCAGCGGGGGAGCCAUUGAUGGAGCGCUCAAGGAAGUCUUGUCCUUCUAAGAGAAGAAGAAGAUCUGCGACCGCAAUGCUGCAAUGGACGUGUCCUCGUAAUGAGAACAAAAUCCAUCAAUGAAUGCCACCUGCGCAUGGAAAGACCCACACAUCUUAAGCAUCAACCAUGUCCGUGUGAGGGAGAGUGGUACCACCCGCACCAAAUGGAACAUACAUGAAACAAAGGCAUCGUGUACAGGUAUGUAGGAAAUUUACUCUUUUUCUUUCACACUCAUCUGUGCACUGGAACCAGAGAAGAGACAGCUGAAUGUGUCAUCCAUACCAACAGACACAGAGCAAGGUAAGUAAUUAGAGAUAAAACCCACAUAAAGUUCCGAAGAACAAAUCUGAAUGAAUGAACAUACUGGCCUCUUUUUAUGGUGGAGUCAGGAUAUGCAAAUUUCAUUCCCCAUAUGAUUUAUUUAUCAUUCAUUGGCCAUUUUCAGAAAGUAUCAGAGAGAUUGGUCUCCCAAGGUCAAACCUCUAGUGUACAAUCUAUAAUUAAAACUAUAAAAUAAGUAAAUCAUAAAUCUAAACUAAAAUUUAAUUCAUUUGAAAUAAAAUUUAAUUCAUUUGAAAUAAUUUUGCUAAAUAUGGAACUAACUGAUCAUAACAACAUACAGCUUUCUUUCAUCCUAGCUACUAUCUACAGACACUGAGCCACCACACGUUUUUUCUUAAAGAAAUUGCUGAUUUCCUGUCUGAGCUAUUAGUCACAGUAGAUAAAGCUCUUAACGUUGAUGACUUUAACAUCCACAUUGAUUAUUCAAAAGAUACGUUAGGACUAGCUUUUAUGGGUGUUCUAAACUUUCUUUGUAUUAGACAAAAUGUUAUAGGGCCCACACAUAUUCGUAAACACACUUUAAACUUAGUUCUGUCACUUGGGGUCAAUAUUAGUGAGGUAAAAAUAUCAUCUCAGAGCGAUGCUAUUUUAGACCACGUGUUUUCCUUGUCUCGUCUCUUUUACCCCGCUGCCUUGUCAUUCUCAUUGGUUUUGAUUGUUUGAUCCCUAUCACCUGUUCCCCUCUUAAUUGUAUCCCUUAUUUAAUGCCCUUGUGUUUCUUGUCUUGUGCUCGUUCGUUUUGUAUUGCCUGCAUGUAGUCAGUUACAAGGUACGCCCUGAUCGAGAGGUAUCUUGUUGAGCUGUGCAGAUUAGACCUGGAGCAGCCAGUGCAGCCGACCCAGCUCUAGUUGGAGCCGCACAGCUGACCCAGCCCCAGUUGGAGCCCGCGCAGCUGACCCAGCCCCAGUUGGAGCCCGCACAGCUGACCCAGCCCCAGAUGGAGCCCGCCCAGCCGACCCAGCCCCAGUUGGAGCCCCCCCAACCGACCCAGCCCCAGUUGGAGCCCGCGCAGCCGACCCAGUCGAAGCCCAUGCAGUUGGCGCUGCAUCCACAUCCUGCUCCUCCAUGGACUUAAUAAUCUUGUGUUUCCCUGGACUCAUUAUUUUGUUGUUUUUUGUCAAGUUUAGAGUCCUGUUAUUAUCUGUUAUGUUGUGUUUGUCUCCCCUUGAGGGAUGCCAGGUGGUGUCCCUUAGGGGAGGGGUACUGUCAGGAUCCUGUCAGAAUGCGCUCUUGUUUUAAUGUCUAGUUUAAAUUGACAGGGUUCUGACAGUAUCAUUUUCUGUGUGGGAACACGUGGCCAUGGUUUGUUGAUAUCAGGCCACGUGUUUUUCUUAUCUCGUCUCUUUUACCCAGCUCCCUUGUCAUUCUCAUUGGUUUUGAUUGUUUGAUCCCUAUCACAUGUUCCCCUCUUGAUAUGCUCCCUUUUUAAUGCCCUUGUGUUUCUUGUCCUGUGCUCUUUCGUUUUGUAUUGCCUGCAUGUAGUCAGGUACAAUCUAGUCAAGUAUUUAAGUCAUGUGUAGUUAAGUCUGGUUAAGUGUUAUGUGUUAAGUGUCUGAGUUUCUUUUUUUCCUGUUUUUGCCCCCAUCUGGGCUCUUGUUUGUUUUUGUUAAAUAAAAGUGUUUUCUGUUCGUCCCCCGACAUCGCCUGCAUUUGGGUUCAUCCGUCCCUGUUCCUGACAAGAAUCUAAUAUAUAAUAUAUCCUCUAUAGAAUCAGAAUAUGUCUCUCUUUCAUGGGUUUGUUUUGUCCAAAGGUCUUUUUUCUACCCUAGUGAGUCCCUCUCUCCUAGACCUCUCUUCUAUACAUUAUUAUUGUGUAUUACUUCGCUUGCUAGUACAGUUUAAUCUUAGCCUCUGUACUCUGCUACUUUUGUUGUCCCCUUUUUUGUGUGUUUUCUCUUGCUUUUAUUACUGUAAAGCUGCUUUGAAAAAAUUAAACAAUUGUGAAAAGCGCCAUAUAAAGAAAAUUGCAUCAACACAACAUCGACAAUGCGUCUUGUUGUAUUUUUUUGUUUUGAAGGUCACUUACGAGUCUUAUUAUGAGCAAUAGCAGUAAUGAUGCUGUCUUCGUAAACAUCACUAAUGUUUAUGUAGUGUAGUUUGUUCUUCUGCUGAGUGCUGUAUUUGUGCUUUGUGUGUAUUUGUAUACAGAGAAAAAACAGCUAAUACUCCAGAUAAACAACUUAACCAAAGAAAGAGAUGAGUUAAUGAAUGAAAGAGAAGAACUGAACAGAUGGCUUACUGAACAAGUUCAGCAGCAUAACUUCACAUGGAUUUACUACAACUUCAGUUUUUAUUACCUUUCAUCUGAGAUUGUAAGCUGGAGUGACAGCAGACGAGACUGUGAACAGAGAGGAGCAGAUCUGCUGAUUAUAAACAACAAAGAGGAACAAGAGUUUUUGCAGAAGGCUACAGCUGGUAAUAAAUAUUGGAUUGGUCUGAGUAAAGAGGCAGAUGUGUGGAAAUGGGUUGAUGGCACCACAUUGACAUUAAGUUUCUGGAUGAAUGGAUCCCCCGGAAAUUACAGUCAGUCCUGUGCUGUAAUAACUUCAUCAGGGUGGACUGAUUAUUCAUGUAAUGUGUUUUGGAGGUAUAGAUGGAUCUGUGAGAAGAGAAUUUUAAAGUCACUCAUCAUAUGACAAAUUUGUACAUACAAUCAAAUACACAAAUCUGUUUUGUAAUUUUGUUUAAAUUAGUUUACCUUUAUGCAAUAAAUAGCCAGUUUGAUUUAUAUUAUAUUACAGUAAUGUAAUAUUGCUUUAUCAAUGCUUUAUUUGUAUACUUUUAAAACUGUUGAUAUCAAAAUCCACAAAAAUGUAAAUUUAAUCCACACAACCAAACUUCUAUUAUGAGCUCUGUAUGUUUAUGUAAUUAAGCAGAUAGAUUUUGUUGACUUUUGUGUUGAAAAUAA